UAUUUAAUUUGAUAAACAAUUUUAAUAAUCUUUCAAAGACUUAUAUAUCCUAUAUAUAUAUAAAAAUAUGAAGGUAGUAGCAUUAUUAAGUGGCGGUAAAGACUCUUGUUUUAAUAUGAUGCAAUGUAUUGCUGCUGGUCAUGAUGUCGUAGCUGUAGCAAAUUUAUAUCCUGUCGGAAAUGAUGAAUUAGAUUCUUUUAUGUUUCAAACAGUUGGACAUCAAGGUGUUGAUUAUAUUGCUGAAGCUAUGGGUUUACCAAUAUAUCGUGAACCAACAUUUGGUAGAUCAAAAAUGCAAGAAAAACUUUAUUAUCCUACUGAAGAUGAUGAAGUUGAAGAUCUCUAUCGACUUUUGAGUAAAGUUAAAAAACAAGAAAAUAUAGAAGGAGUGUCUAGUGGAGCUGUUCUUAGUGAUUAUCAGCGUCUCAGAGUAGAAAAUGUGUGUAGCCGUCUAGGACUUGUUUCUCUAUCAUAUUUAUGGCGACGUGAUCAAGAGGAUUUGUUAAAAGAGAUGAUUGAAAAUUCAAUAAACGCCGUUAUAAUAAAAGUGGCAGCUUUAGGUCUAGAGCCAAGACAUUUGGGUAAAUCUAUCUUGGAAUUACAAUCUCACUUUGCCAAAAUAAAAGAAAAGUAUGGUGUCAAUGUAUGUGGGGAAGGGGGAGAAUAUGAAACUUUUACUUUAGACUGUCCAUUAUUCAGUAAAAGUAUCAUAAUAGAUAAAUAUGAAAGUGUAGUACAUUCAAAUGAUGAUAUAGCACCUGUCGGAUACAUUAAUUUUAAAAAAAUACAUCUACGAGAUAAGAAUAAUGGUUUAGAAACGUUGUCACUAAGAGAACGGCUUAAAACUGUAUCAGUUAAAACUCCAUAUGAUUAUAUUUCUGAAGUUGUUGGACCAGAAUUACAAGAUGGAUGUAAUUUAUCUGAAGAUGAAACUGACGAACAAACGUGUGACGAUCAUAAUAUGAAAGCUUCUAAUUCUGGUCAUUUUAAUCCCCCAAGUCCAGUACAAGUUUUAUAUGAAGAAGAGGAUUAUCCAGAUGUACCAGUUACUAAUAAAAAUCAAACAGGUUGGUUUUGGUUUGGUGGUAUAACAGGAAAACAUUCAGAUGUAAAAUCUGCAACGAAAGAAGCACUGGAUAAAUUAAGCAGUUUAGUCAAAAAAGAAAAUCUUCAAAUAUCUGAUAUUGUUGCUGUAACAUUAUAUAUAAAGGAUAUGACAAAUUAUGCUUCUAUAAAUGAAGUAUAUACAUCAUGGUUGAACAAAGCAAAUCCACCAGUUCGUAUAUGCGUAGAAUGUCCAUUAAAUAUACACGUUGUACUUGAUGCUAUAGCUUAUAAAGAGAUACAAGACUGUAGUGAUAAGAAGGUUCAUAAGCGACAUACGAUGCAUGUUCAAAGUAUCAGUCAUUGGGCUCCUGCCAAUAUUGGUCCUUAUUCUCAAGCUGUUCGCGUCGGUGAUAUCAUAUCGGUUGCUGGACAAAUACCUUUGGUACCUGGUAGUAUGACUCUUCUCGAUUUGAACAUAAAACGUCAAUGUCGUUUGACAUUAAGGCACAUAGAUCGCAUUGUUAAAGCUAUGGAUACAAAUACACAACUUAGAGAUAUUGUACAGGGAAUUUGUUUUUUAACUCAUCCGAGUUAUAUACCAGAUGCACGUAAAGAAUGGGAAAAACGAACUAAUAAUGCUAUUGUAGAUUAUAUUGUUGUUCCACAUCUUCCAAGAGAUGCUCAAGUUGAAUGGUGUGUGUGGGCACAUAGGGAUAAUAAUAGAUUUGAGUAUGAAGAGACAGGAAAAUGUGUUGGUAAUUUUAAAGUUGCAAUAAGGCGAAGAUGGAAUUAUGAAAAUAAUGUUUCUGCAAUUGUGUGCUACUUAUCAACAGGUUCAUCCAAUUCUAUUGGUAAUUUAGCAGCCGAGACAAAUUUGACUUCUACGGAAUUGACUGAAGCUGAAUUGACAGAAGCAUUCGAAUAUCUAUUAUGUAAAUUAACAAAAGGGACUCAAACUAUUAAUCCCACGUGUAACUUGAGAAUUUUCUACAAGGUUGGCUCUUCACCUGGUCCAAAUUUUGUUCAUAACGUUUUGUCACAAUUUUCAACGCGAAAUUUGGUUAGCACUAUUAUACCAGCAACUCAUCUUCAUAAUUUUAGCACUUUCUUAUCUAUAUGUGGUAUUAGGCAUGAGUAAAUCUUCUCGUCAAAUCUAUUAUUGUCAAUUAUUCGUGAAAAUUAAGAUACAUGUUUAGAAUAAAUGCUACCAAAGACCUGAAUUUGGAAUUUUUACAGGAAUUACUUUAACAUUUAAGUUUUACAUUUUAUCAAGAAAAAAAUCAACUUAUUGAAUCGAAACUGAAAACAGCAACAACAAAACUAAUGAGGUCAUUGGCAAUUGUAUAGAUUUUUUCGCUAAUAUCUUACAUAUACACACAUAUAUAUAUAUAUUAUUGAUGAUGCUAAUUAAUUUUUGCACUAAUUUAUAAUAAUUUACCC